CUGUUUUCACCAAACUCAGUUUAUGUUAACAACGUUGUGUAUAAGAAGUUUUCUAACACUUGGAUGGGAACACUUGUCCAACUAAUCGGCUUCCCUGUUCUGUUUCUCUUCCGCUUCUUUUCCCGAAUUAAAAAUCCCAAAUCAACAGAUGCAGAUUACAGGAAGUUCUCUUCCUUCACCAUUCUUGGAUCAGUUUACAUUGUUACUGGACUGUUAGUGUCUGCUAAUUCUUAUAUGUCCUCUGUUGGUUUACUAUACUUACCGGUUUCUACUUUCUCCCUCAUCUUGGCCUCACAAUUGGCCUUCACUGCCUUCUUCUCCUAUUUCCUAAACUCGCAGAAGUUCACACCUUUCAUUGUGAAUUCUCUAUUUCUCCUUACAAUUUCCUCUGCUCUCCUCGUGGUUAACACUGAUUCAGAAAACACAGCAAAAAUGGCUAGAGUAAAAUAUGUGAUAGGGAUCAUAUGUACCAUUGGUGCUUCUGCUGGGAUUGGACUGCUGCUAUCUCUGGUACAACUGAUCCUCAGGAAGGUUUUAAAGAAGCAAACAUUUUCAACGGUCACUGACUUGGUCGCUUACCAAUCUCUAGUUGCAAGCUGUGUGGUUCUCAUAGGACUUUUCGCAAGCGGGGAGUGGAAAACUUUAACAAGUGAGAUGGAAAACUACAAACUGGGGAAAGCGCCAUACGUUAUGAUUUUGGCCUCGAUAGCUAUUUCUUGGCAAGUAUACACCAUUGGUGUCGUGGGACUGAUCUUCGAGUCAUCUUCUGUGUUUUCCAAUUCCAUAACUGCAGUAGGAUUGCCUAUAGUUCCAGUUGUAGCAGUGAUUGUUUUCCAUGAUACAAUGAACGCGUCAAAGAUCUUCUCCAUCAUUUUAGCUAUCUGGGGCUUCAUUUCAUUUGUCUAUCAGCAUUACCUCGACGAAAAAACGUUGAAGACUAGCCACACAAGUUCUGUAGGAGACCCUCAUCUACCUGUUGAGGAAGGUGAUCAGAACUUAGAAGCAAACCUUAUAAGUCAUGAGGUAACUGAAUCAUCAUCGGUACCUCAAACGACAAACUAUAAAAGGUGGUUCCGUGUCUCCAUAUACGUAAUCUUUGUGCUCUUCUGCCAACCACUUGCUACAAUUCUGGGUAGAUUGUACUAUGAAAAUGGAGGGAAUAGCACAUAUGUGGUAACACUUCUUCAACUCAUUGGCUUCCCUGUACUGGUUCUCUUCCGUUUCUUUUCACGAAUCAGACAACCCAAAUCAACAGAUACAAAUUUCAGUCAGUCCCCUUCCUUCACCACCCUUGCAUCGGUUUACUUGUGCACUGGACUGCUAGUGUCUGCUUAUGCUUAUUUGUCUGCAGUUGGGUUGCUCUACUUACCAGUCUCUACUUUCUCUCUCAUCUUGGCCUCACAGUUGGCCUUCACUGCCUUUUUCUCGUACUUCCUUAACUCACAAAAGUUCACUCCUUUCAUUGUCAAUUCUUUGUUUCUCCUCACUGUUUCCUCUGCCCUCCUCGUGGUCAACACUGAUUCAGAAAACUCGACAAAUGUCUCUAGAGUACAAUAUGUGAUCGGGUUCAUAUGUACCAUCGGUGCUUCCGCUGGGAUUGGACUGCUACUAUCUCUGAUACAACUGCUCUUCAGGAAAGUUUUCACGAAUCAUACAUCCUCAGCAGUCAUGGACUUGGCCAUUUACCAAUCUCUAGUUGCAAGUUGUGUGGUUCUCAUAGGACUUUUUGCAAGUGGAGAGUGGGAAACUUUGCCAAGUGAGAUGAGAAACUACAAACUUGGGAAAGUGUCAUAUGUUUUGACUUUGGCCUCAGCAGCUAUUUCCUGGCAAGUAUACACUCUUGGUCUUGUGGGAUUGAUCUUCGAGUCAUCUUCUGUGUUCUCCAAUUCCAUAACUGCUGUGGGACUGCCUAUAGUUCCAGUUGUAGCAGUGAUAGUUUUCCAAGAUAAGAUGGACGCAUCGAAGAUCUUUUCCAUCAUUUUAGCUAUCUGGGGCUUCCUUUCAUUUGUCUAUCAGCACUACCUCGACGAAAAAAAGUUGAAGACUAGCCACACAAGUGCUGUAGAAGUUCUUCACCUACCUGUUGAGGAAGAUCACACAAGCUUACUUUUUCUUUUUGUCGGCGGUCCCAUAAACAUACAAAGGUUAUGAUCAUGCAUAUAUUGUAUAAAGCUCAUGUCUCUCUCUGUACAAUGUGAGAAAAGAUAAGAAAAAUGAAACUCUAUU